AACUUAAUGCACAUAUUCUCUGUGGUAAUCUUCAGAGCAAAGGAGACACAUCCAGACAGAUGGGGUCUUGCUGAGACACAACGACAUAAGAGACGAAUGUUCAUCCAAGAAGUGCAGAUUUCUGCACCAGGAUGAGUUGGAGAAUGAAUGUCUGCCACCUACUGGUCGUCUGCAUCUUCUCAGCACUGACCAACACAAGCGCCGGCCUCGUCAUCUUUCAAAGAACCGAGGGGAAAAACUUCACAAUCUUGUGGCAAUUUCUAACCAGCGGCACAAAGUACUUCUGCAAAAACCAAUGCAAAGACACGGACAUUCUGGUUCAAACCACCGGCGUCAGCUCUCACAACGACAGACACAGCAUCAAGUAUGAACACACGCCGCCUGUAGGAGGGACCCUCUACGCCACAAUCCUCAAUCUCAACACGGCCGACAGCGGCCGCUACAGGAUGGGGGUGGGAUUGCCUGAACUUCCCGAGUCCUACAGGGACUUUGAGAUCAGAGUUCUUCCAGAACAGCAGUAUCGAAGUUCUGUUCCCAGUCCAGAAGUCCACAUCCACACUGGACCUGCUGGAGGCACGCUGGAGAUACAGUGUCCCUUCCAUGCCUCCUGGAGCACAAAGUUCUUUUGUAAAGGAAACUGUCUGGAUGGACACAUCCUCCUGAGAACCACAGAAAACAGUGCUUGUGUGGACAGGUACUGCGUGGACUUCAGACCGGAACCCUUAAUGAAAAUGUAUCUUCUGGUGGUCACCAUCUCCCAGUUGGACAAGUCAGAUUCAGGGAGGUAUACAUGCGCUGUGGGAUCAUCUCUGCGGUCUGCUUAUAUUCAGGAGUUUGAUGUCAGCGUUUCUGAUGGUCUGCCGCUCGAUGGAAAAGUAGAGUCAGAAGGUAGAAGAGAGUCCUCUGAGAACAGACCAACAGUGCUGGUGUGGCCUUUGGUUCUCGCUGGUGCUCUGGUUCUUCUGAUGAUUGGAGCCGUUCUGCUGUUUCUGUACAAACACAAGAGAAAACCAAACUCAGACGGCCCCAGAUGUGAGUUUUCCACCCAGAACGCUCAGCAGGAAGACACCUACGAAAGCAUUCAAGACUGUGGCACCCGGGCCCUGGAUCAUAGCUACUGUACGCUCAAACCAGCGCAACACAUGCGAUGCUACAGCAACACUUGAUUCUUCAUAUUCCACUUUUUGUUUUUGUCUCUAUGCUUAUUGUGUUUAAUGGCUUCAAUAACUAAGUUACACAGUACAUCUCCUAAUAUGAUCUAUUAAUACAGCAAAAGGGAUGCUAUUAACAGAAUGUCCUGAAGGGGGAGACGCUAACACAGAAAAAAACAUGCACAGCCACUGAGGCACAACAUAUUGAUACUGUAUGUGAUGCUUUCUCCAAUAAUCAAAUACAGCUUUGUUUGUCAGACAAGACAUUCAAUUAAGAAGUAGAUUGUGACACAGUGAGUAAUUGUCUCAUUGGGAGUCAUGGACAUGAUGAAAUGACUGAGUAAGUGAUUAACAUGCACAGUCAUGUACAUUCAGAAGUAAUACUACAAACCUGUGUCCGAAGAUACCAGCCAUCAAUAGGCCUACGCCUUUCCAUGUCAUAGGGAAAAAAUAAUCGAAGUACAGUGACAUACUGAAGAAACAAAAUUAAGAUUUUGAGAAUAAAGUUUAAAAUUUAUGAGAAUAAAGUCGUAACAUUACAUGUCAGAGGGAAAAUGGCGCACAGCUCUUCCAGGAAGUAAACUUUCCUCUUGCUUUUAUUCAUAACAUGGCUGCAAAACACAGCAGUCGAGCAUUUAGCAUAUCUAGCCCUUCUCACUUCCGGGUUCCUUACCGCCACUUCACAUGCCCAAGGCCAAAGGUCACAUAAGCGCCCCCUUUCAUAGCUGUCUCAAGCAAUGCCUGUUAAAAAAAAGUUACGAGUUUGUUAUAAAUUUGUGCAAUUUUUCCUCUUAAGUUUACAACUUUUACGACACUAUAGGAAGAAUGCAAACAAAAACAGCAACAAUCAUUAUGGAAGGCACACUCGCCCAGUAAAAUAUGCGGUUUUAAAAAUAGCUAGCUAGCGUGUCAGGAACACAUCCAUGGUUGUCUCACCAUCACCAUCACUAAUAGUGUACAUGUCCAAUCUGCAAUGAAGCUUGUGGCUCCAGGAUUGGAUUCUCCAGGCAUUUUAGAACUCAGUUAAGGGCGGGAGGACUCGUAACUUUGAACAGCGCAGAUGACACCUUGCUAGACGUGAUUUAAAAAAAAAAAAAAAAAAGAAAAACAGCUGUCUGGCCAUAUUAAGUAAUGGCUGAUCUCUCCCACACGGGGGCGCUAUUGAGGUUUAUUUGUAAAAGCAAGUCAUAGUGUGUUUUUAGUUGGUAAUUUUAAACAUGUAUUCUCGUUUUUUCUUAAACAUAAAACGGUUUUUAAAGUUAUUGUCAAUUAAUUUUUAGGAUGUAAGCUGUGUCCCAACACUUUCAUCCAUGCAUUUCCUUCCUCUCCUGAUGUUGUGUUCCUCGGCAUUGUGUAUUCCAGUCAGAGGCAGAACAUCACUUACGGAAAUAUGCAUCCAUAAUUAUAUAAGCAGCAUAUAUAUGUGUGUGUGUGUGUAAUCAAUACAGGGCUUUCUUUCUCCUUUGUCCUUGACUCCCGUCUG